UGAUGAAGAAAAUGAAAAUGAAUCCUCACUCAUAAUGAAUAUUUUAAAUUGUUUCAUGAAGGCAAAAGCCCAAAACUGGAUUGACUGUUCCUGGUUUAGAAGGCUCUUGCCCACAUUUUUUUCAGAGGAAAACCGUCAUUCUUGGCCUAAAAAUCGAUUUUGUGCAAUUGCCUGUACAGAACUAGGCCAUGGAAAAUGCGAGGGCUGGCUUUGGCAUAAAAGACCAUCUAGAGGAAUCUCCCUCUUUAGUUGGAAAAAAUACUGGUUUAUUUUGAAACACUCAACUCUCUACUGGUUCUCACAUCUGAAUGACACCAAGGCUGAUGGUUUCAUAUACCUACCAGAAUUCCGAAUUGACUUAGCUCCACAUUGCAGAAGAGACCAUGCUUUCCAAGCUACCCAUGCAAGAAUCAAGGAUUUCUACUUUGCUGGUACAUGCUUGGAUGAGAUGAAUUAGUAAGUA